GAGACGCGGCGGCGCGGGGUGCAAGCCGCGGAGCGGGCGAGGGCGCGAGUCCGGCGGCUGCCGGAGAGCAGCGGGCGUUCCUGGAGCCGGGCGGGCAGCGCUGAGGGGCCGCCGGAGCCGCGGCAGGAGAUUCGCCCCAGCCUUUGAGAUGAUGGGACUGGGCAACGGGCGCCGGAGCAUGAAGUCGCCGCCCCUUGUGCUGGCUGCCCUGGUGGCCUGCAUCAUUGUCCUGGGCUUCAACUACUGGAUCGCCAGCUCCCGGAGCGUCGAUCUCCAGACCCGGAUCCUGGAGCUGGAGGGCCGGGUUCGCAGGGCCGCUGCGGAGAGAGGCGCAGUGGAGCUGAAGAAGAACGAGUUCCAGGGAGAGCUGGAAAAGCAGCGGGAACAGCUCGACCGGAUCCAGUCCAGCCACGACUCGCAGCUGGAGAGCGUCAACAAGAUCUACCAGGACGAAAAGGCGGUUUUAGUGCAUAAUAUCACCACAGGUGAGAAGCUCAUCAGAACCCUGCAAGACCAGUUAAAGGCCCUGCAGAAGAACUACGGCCGUCUGCAGCAGGACGUGCUCCAGUUCCAGAGGAACCAGACCAACCUGGAGCGGAAGUUCUCCUAUGACCUGAGCCAGUGCAUCAGUCAGAUGAAGGAGGUGAAGGAGCAGUGUGAGGAGCGGAUAGAAGAAGUCACGAGAAAGGGGAAGGAGGCCGUUGCUUCCAGAGACCCGAGUGAAAAAAAGGACCAAAACCAGCAGCUCCGAGCCCCCAGCGAGCUUCAGCCCAGGCCGCAGGACGCAGACCUGCCCCAGGCAGAGGUGCUGCAGGUGAAAGGAAACGUGCCCAGCAUCGGCGAGCCCCAGACACCAGCCCCCAGUUCUGAGGCGGCUUUGGAGUUGAAGAGACAAGGUAAGAGAGAGGAAACCAACGAGAUCCAGGUCGUCAGUGAGGAGGAGCUUCCGAGGGACAGCCUGGGGCUGCCCCCGGAGCCCGGCCGCGAGCAGGCUGUGGAGGCAGAUGCACCCGCGGCUGGAAUAGGCCCCGGGGGAGCUGGGGCGCCGGGCCAGACCGCACGGGCGCCAGCGGCGAGGCUGGACAGCCAGGAAAAUCAGGAGGACCUCGAGCGGGAUCAGCUUGUCGUCCCUGAUGGGCAGGAGGAGGAGGAGGAGCAGGACGCGGCCGAGGAAGGGAGACACCAGCAAAAGCUGGGGGGAGAGGAGGACUACAACAUGGAUGAAAAUGAGGCAGAAUCAGAAACUGAUAAGCAGGCAGCCCUUGCAGGGAACAACAGAAACCUGAAUGUUCUUAAUGCUGAAAAUCAGAAAGGAGACAUGAUAAAUUUACUUGAUCAGCGUGAAAAGAAGAACCAAACACUCUGAAUCAACUGGAAUCCUAUACCUCAGGAUUGAAGAGAGAUCACUACAAAAUAUUUAUGAGGAGAUGAAUACUGUGAAAUGUCCUAAGUAAAAUAUGCAUCUAAAGAUGAUUAUUGUGGAGUUUUAAUAUUUACUUUAUGUAGGAAAAUGAUUGUGUUGUAGAUGGUUUUGAGGGGUAUUUUCAAGGUGUUUAUACUAAGGUGUCAAAAUUUGUCAGCUAAUAGGUAUGAGAAGAUCAACAUCAAAAAUAGAACCCCAGUUCUCCAAGUAUGGGGACAGUGAUGCUUCAGAAAUUCUGGAAUAUAACUUAAAAAAAAAAAAAAAA